AUGAUUUCAACAAUCGGCACAACAACAAUUCAAGCCGCGAACGGCGGGACUCUGUCCACAACAACAGCACCAAACUCGUUAGUCAUGAAUCCUACGUCAAUGUUAGUAGAGAUGAAAAACUUCAUUCCUUCUUCAUAUACUUUUGAAACAGAAAUCCAGAAGAUAAAGCAAGAACUUUUAACAAGUAAUUUAGACUGUAGUGCGAAAGAUGAAGAAAAUGAAGAAUAUCUUUAUGAAAUGCAGGACAUUAUUGACCAUUUACCCAAAUUGCCUGAAAUCCAACAACAAAAACUCACUAUUCCUGAAUUCGACGAAAUUGAAGUGAAACCAACUGACUCAGUAGAAAUAAAGAAGUUCAUACGUAAAGUAAAUUAUGAAUUCCUUGGUUUUCAUUGCAACCAUAAGGUUAUGGACAAAGAUUGCGACAUGGUAUAUAAGAAUGUUUCUGACAUAUAUAAAUCUGAGGAGUUUAAGACUUACGAUAACUUUGUUUCAUUAGUUGCAAAAUGUGUUUGGGAAAUAA